AAAAAGUCCUUUUGAAGAAAAAUAUAUUUUUCUGCCUUUUUAAUAUUUCCUUCUAUGGGCUAACUUCCCUCAGGCUAGCAGGACAACCGGAUCCCUGGCUAGGCGCACGUCGCAGUGUUAUUACCGGAACGGAACCUCGUGAAAUCAAAUACUCCCCUUAGCAGCGCAAGAAACGGCAGGUCUCAUUAAGCCUCCCCGCCCCUUUCUCUUCAGUGGAGAAUAUGCACGGGGGGGGGGGCAGUUAUUUUGUUGCGAUCACCCAAAAUGAGAAAUUAAAACUUCUUGGAAGUGAUAAAGAGGAUGAUCCCAGCAUAGUCUAUCUCCAUUCAAGGAAAACAUCCGACAGGGCUAUAGCAGUUACCCCGGGCGCCCUUCUCCCCCUUUCCAGGACAGGGCAGGUCAGAGAGCCCCUUCCGACUCUAGACGAAACAAACGAGCACGGGCCAAAAGGCUCCGCCCACUCUCUCAUUUAUUCUUUCUCAAUCAAUUUAUUCUGAAGGAAGCAAAGCCAAACUACACGAGUUGGGUUCCAAAAUCCAGGGGGACAUCUCUCUCCAAAUCAGACUUGCGAAAGGCCUUCAGCCUCUGGGGAAAGGAGGAAACAGUCCCGCUAGCUAAAAGGAAAUGAGAUCAGCUCCCAAGUCAUUGCAGAGCUGAGCUUGGUCUCGGCUUCCCAGCGAUAUAGACAGUCCGGUGCCGUAGCUCCAGCUUCCUCUUUCCACAGAUGGCUAUGGGGUGCCGGACUGUGCUGCUAUAUAUCUGCCUGGCGUUGCAGUUGAUGGGCGAACAGGCGCAGGCGAGUAAGGACCGUAGGGAAGAGGCAGGAAGCGCGGAUCUCCUGAGCCACCGGCAGUAUGAGCAUUUGCAGAAGCAGCUUGGGGCCGUGCGGGACGUUUCCCGCCGGUACUGGCACUUGUUGGCCUGCCAGUUGUGGCAGGAAGGCUGCGAGGAAGAGGAGGAAGGGAGGACGCAGCGCGAGGAAGAAGAGGAAGGCAGCAGAGGCAUCCUGGAACAGCAUGAUUGGAAGUUAUCCAUGGUAACUGAAUUAGUCUCUACCUGGUACUGUGGCUUUGGCAGGUGCUGCCCAACAGGAGACUGCAGAGUGGUCAACAAUAUCACAGGCUUGGAACUGGUUCUGAGCAAACGGCUCCAUGGCCAACAUUUGGCAAAAGAAAUUGUCCUGAAAGCUGUUCAGGGUUUUCUGGAAACACCACAGCCAAAGAAAGCAUUAACUCUUUCUUUUCAUGGCUGGUCUGGAACUGGCAAGAACUUUGUAGCUCGUUUAAUGGCAGAACAUCUUUAUCGAGAUGGCCUAAAAAGUGACUGUGUUAAAAUUUUCAUCUCAGGACUUCAUUUCCCUCAUCCCAAUUACCUGGACCUUUACAAGGUCCAGCUAACAAAACAAAUCACCGAGACAGCCCAACUCUGUGAACAAUCCUUGUUCAUCUUUGAUGAAGCAGAGAAGUUUCAUCCUGAUCUCCUCAAGGCCCUCAAACCAUAUGUGGGUUACAAUGGCAACACUGACAAGGUUCAUUACUGGCGGUCCAUCUUCAUUUUCCUGAGCAACACUGGUGGCAACAUCAUCAAUAAGGUGGCCCUGGAUUCCUGGCUAGCUGGUCAAGCUAGAGAGGAGAUCACCCUGGAACAUUUAGAACAAGUCCUGCGGAGAGAGCUGCUGGAUGCCCCAGAUGCCGACAACUGCCUUCUUCAGGACAACCUCAUAGACUUUCUGGUACCUUUCCUACCUUUGGAAUAUCACCAUGUGAAGCUUUGUGCUCGGGAUGCUUUUCUUGCUCGAGAUCUACAGUUCACUGAAGAGAUGCUAGAUGAGGUUGCAAGGACGAUAUUCACUCCCAAGAAAUUAUUUUCUGCUCAAGGUUGCAAAUCAAUAUCUCAGCGUAUAAACUACUUUCUUCUUUGACAGGGGAAGGUAAAGAAGAUUGCAAUUGUGUUUAUUUUCUUUUAUCUUAUACAAGGGACACAUACUUUAUUUAUUCCUCAUAUUAUUGGGGUUCCUCAUAUUAUUGGGGUUGCCCAGCUAAAAAAGGUAAGAAAAUUCCAUUAUGGAUGGAAUCUACUUGAAUGAUAUUACUGAAAAUAGUAAUAUAUCCACAGUAUUUUUUGAAUACUGGUAACAAAUGAUGCCAUUGGGUUACAUAUUUUUAUCCAUUAUAUUGAGUGGGUUUUUAUACAACCUGGGUAGAAGACCCCCCCAUCUACAAGAUGUGAGACGGACUUAAUUUUAUUUCCAGGUCUUAGAUAGUUGACAAUGAUUUGAAUCAAGCAACUUCCUAGUCUGCAUUCUUAGCAUAUGGCUGGGUGAGGAGCUAUCAUAUUCACUUGCAAUGCAAUCUACCUCUUCUUCCACAAUCCUUGUGUUGAAAUAAGGUAUGAAGGAAAGAUUUUGUCCCUUAUUAGAGGCCUGGCGUCAAUCUUUGUUUUAUAUAUAUUUCAUAUAAAUUUUUAAAUAUAAUUACAUGUGCUAAAAAUUACACUUUUCAGAAUAUACAUAUCAGGACAAAAUAUGUGCCAUUCUUUGUAUUAUAACUUUUAUAACAGGACAAUGUACUUCUAGCCCAGCACUGAAAUUGAGCAAUGAACUUCCAGUUCUAUGUGAUAAGCACUCUUUGCAUAAGCCACUAUUUGCUGGUAUUGAACUUCUGUUGUCUUUGUAACUUGAAAUGUUGGAUGGAAUGUUGCUUUGGCAUUGGCAUUCACAGCAGGACACUUACUUUGUCAGAGUAAAUAUAACACAGAUUUAGCUGGCCAGAUAUACUCGGUUUGUAAGAGCUACGUAUGUACACAGACUGAACACAAAUUUAAGUUUCGAAAAAUACACAAACCUUGUGCAAAACUGAACCAUAUGUGACUUUGAGGCAACAUUGGUGUCCCCAGAAUCUGAUCCUAUACUACAAUCCCAAUUUAGAGGAAGAAAUUUUAAUUAUAGAUUUUAGGGCAAAUAAUAGAAAUUGGGUCUCUUCUCACAUUUUAGGAACAAUGUUUCACAAUUGUAAAAUAUAGGAGCUCUCAGCCACAUUUGCCAUUAUAGUAAGUACAUGUCCUGUGCCUGACCUUUCCAUUACCAUUACCUCCACUUAAAUAAGUGAUCUCUUCCUGAAUUUUUCUCUGUAUCACUGUUUUCUUCCCAAAAAUGCUACCAGCAUGUUAAGAAUUAACAUUAAUUAAAAUCUAUGAUUUUAAUUAAUCAAUUUUCAGCUACUGCCUGAAACUGACAAAGUCUUUAGUCACUUUCACACAUUUGGCUUUUGUUUGUCUCCUGUGCUGCUGGGAGCUCAAAGCUAUGAGUAAGCUAGGCAAAAAGCUGUUGCCAGUGUGCUUCUUUCAAAGUGUAUUUCUCAUUGUGUGCCUGCUUACUCUCUUGUAAUGUAACAAACAUUAAUUCCCUUCUUGCUAAUUAUCCCAGCCUCAGGGUGAGCAUUCUAGAAGGGAAAUUGAAGAACAAUCAUGAGCACAGUCAGAAUCAUUUAGUGACUGAGAUGACAAUCCCAAUUAUGGUGUCUAAGCAAGGUUUACCUAUAGUCCAAGAUAGGGAAUAAUUUAGUAUCUGCAGAUAGUCAAGCAGUUGUGCAUAUGUGGGUCAGGCAGACAUGCCCCAUUUCUUCUCCUAUACAUCCUUUGAAUGCAAGUAUAUAGACCUAAACCUUCUAUUUAAUUUUCGGAGUGGCAUGUUACAAAAGCUUUGCAGAGCAUCGUGCCUAACAAAAAAGGUAUUACACAAAUUCUGUUGACAUUUUGUUUGCUAGCCAAAUGUCAGCAAGAUUGUAUUUAUUGUCUAGGUUAGUUUGCUAAAUGAUAUAACAUUUAUAACCUGUGACUGGAGGUGAAGAGAGAGAGAGAAGAUAUACAGUGCAGAACAAAAUGUGCCUAGCUAUUCUAGAAAUAUGAACCUGUCUUGUUAGCAGUUUCAGCAGAGCCAUUCCCAUUUCUAUAUAACAUUUCAGCGUCCGAAUGUGUGCCAGUAAACUGUAGAUGAUUUCCACAGAAAACUACUGUGAGUUGUUUCUUGAAUUCUGACCUAACAAAUCAUUUGUGACAGCUUUCACAUGUUCAAGUCAUCAUACAUGAAACACCAGACUUUUUAAUCUUUUAGGUAUAUAACUACAUGUUUUUCUUUGAAUUUCAUUAUUCACUCAAUCACUAUGCCCUAAAAGAAAAUCCUGAAAUUUAGUUGCCAAUAAAAUAUUGCAAUUUUUAUUUAAAACAAAAUGCAAAUUGGCAAAAAUCUCUGGAACAGGCAGAGGCAAUGCCUCCAAGGGCCGUACUUACAUCAAGUUAACACUGUUUGCAGUUCACAGUCAGAAAAUAGUGAAAAUUUAAAUUAGAAAAAAACCAAAUAUAUUACAAACAACAAUAAAAAACAAAAUUAACAUUUGACAACACUAGUAGUGUGGGUUUUUCUGUGUGAGUCGCACAUUUCAGUUUCACCCAUUUUAAUCCUCAGUGAAUUCAACUAAUGAAGUGCUGGGUUGAUUAAAAUCCUUAACCAUCCAUCCCCCCCAACCCUGCCCUUACACAUCACACAACAUUGGCCAUUUUUGCCCUAGGCAAUUUCAGGGAAAUUAAGCAUUCCUAAUAUGCCACCUUUCUGGAUUAGAAGCCACAUUUUCAUAUCAUGAAUUAUACUUGAACUAGUUGUGCACAGCAAUUCUUAAUACAGUACUGUGAAUGGUAAAUAGAAAGUGGUGUCUGAUCAUGCUCAUUGCUUUAGUCAUUUGAGUAUUUCCUAAGUCUGUAUUUUAAAACAAGCAUGCCAUCCAUGAAGAAGCAGAAAAGGGGGUUAGCUAGUAGCCUAUUUGCUUAAAAGAAAAGUUAGAUGUAUCCAAGAUAAUUUUUAACAUAGAGGCUCAUCAUAUAUCAAUAGGAGACUUAGCAUAAAGUAAAAGAAAAAGGUUACUUCUUUUUAAUCUUUUGUGGAGAGGGGUCAUCUGAAAUUAAGGCUCACUUCAAUCAAUAAAAGCCUUUCCUAGAUUGCAUUGAUAAGGGAAAAGGAGUUGCGCUUCCAUUCAGAUUAAAAGUAGAGGCAAAGAAAGCGUACCACAAAGGCUAGGUUCAUCCGUUUUUCUAAAAUACAAGUUUUGUAAAUUGAUGGCAACUUUUAAACAAUACUUUUAACUCUGAAGUAAUACAAAGAUUCAACAAGCUUUAAUAUUUAAUUUUAAAGCAUGUAAGAAAUGUAUCUUCUUAAUUUAGCAAUAUUUUUUUCACAUUAGAUGGAAACCCUUGUUUUUGGCAAAAAAAAAAAAAUUUGAACAAGGAUUUGAGGGUAUUAUUUAGCCAGCUUCAAAGACUAUGACCAAACAAUAACCUGUUUUUACUGUUUUCCAUGUUUAGUGUUUUGAUGAUAUAUAUUACAAAGAGAAAUCUUAGACUUCACAUCUUAAGAAAUAGGUUACUAAUAGAGUAUGGUGUCAUAAUGUUAUUAAGCAGAACCCCCUCCUUAGAGAAUGAAUGCUUUAUCUUCAAUCUUGCUUUAAGACCAGAGAAUCAAGGAAAAUGUUGCUGAAAGCCCUAGCAGGUAACCUACAAUCCUUUUGGUUAUUGACCUACAAUCCUUUUGGUUAUUGACCUACAAUCCUUUUGGUUAUUGACCCCUUAAAAACUGUCAUGCGAAAUUUCAGCAGCAAACCACUAAAAAAAAGAGCAAUGAGAAAAUCAAACAAUAAAAAUAUGUAGGUUUAUAUUUUUGUAAAAAAAAAAAAAAA